GAAUGUUUGUAAAUACACAGACACGUUGAACUGUUUUUGUGCAAAGUGUUCAGACUUAUUUAUAUAAUUUGUGGGUUCUUCGUUAUAUAAAUUAGUAAAAAAAUGGAUUUCCAAGAGAUGACCGUGAUAGAUGAACACAGUGUAAUCGAGGGUCCUCAUCGCAAGGAAUCAGGGAAGAGGGGACGCAAGCCAGGCAGAAAAUCUGCUGAUAAAGUUGACAUGAAAGCCAAAUUAGAACGCAGUCGUCAAAGUGCUAGAGAAUGUAGAGCCCGUAAAAAAUUACGGUAUCAAUAUCUAGAAGAACUUGUAGCAGAUAGGGAAAAGGCAGUGUUUGCCCUUAGGAAGGAACUUGAAAAGUAUCACUUGUGGGCCAAAGAAAUAGAUGAAGGUAGGACGCCGGAAGAGAUCCACGGGAUUUUGGAAGACUUGAAUCUGAAGCAGGAGCAGAAGUGAUUUUUUUAUUUUGUGAUAUUUUCUAUAUACACUAAUUGGUUAUGUGUUAAAAAUUUACCAAAACUUUUAAAGUUUAAAAUGUACUUUUGUGCUAGCGGGCGCUAACACAUUUGUAUUUAUUGUUCUAUUAUUUUAUGGUGAAAUAUAUUUUAUUAAAUAUGA